AUGCUUGCAAAGCUAAAGGCCAUUCAAGAUGGCAUUAUUAUUGCAGGAGAUGGUCGCCAUGAUAGCACUGGACACAGUGCAAAAUUUGGUGCCUAUACAAUCUUCUGCUGCACUGUUCCCAUGAUUAUUCAUUUUUCUCUGGUUCAGGUUAGAUACAUUUUUUAUCAUUAUUACUUCUGGGUGAUGCAUCUACAGUGUAGCUCCCUGCAAUGUCACUUAGAAAUACUUUAUACUUUAUAUAGAGUUCAUAAUUUAUGUACCCUACUCUUUUAUUCUCAGAUGCACUUUUUUAACCUGCUAAUUGACCUUACCAAUAAUUUAAUUUUCAUUGGAGACAUCAAACUGGUCUUUCCGUUUUAUUUAUAUCCAUCAUUUUUUUUAUAGAGGAAUGAAGCUGGAAAUAGUAAAGGGAUGGAAUUUAUGGCAUUUCAACAUUGCAUGGACUUCUUGCUGGCUUAUGGCCUUCUGAUCACCACAUUCAUUUCAGACUUACGAAUAUUGUUCACUACUUCGACAUCUGGCAUCUAAAGAGGAGUAAGGAUAUACCAGUCUUCACUAUCAUUGUAGAUUGUAUUAUAUUUUUGUAAACUUCUUGUCUGUUCCAAACAUUAUGCAUCAAUCAAUUCCAGCUGCAACCAUCGCCCCACUCCCUCCUGGGGCAACUGUAGGGCAUUUGCACACACUGUCAAUCCUGGGGGUCGGGCAUUAGCCUAAACCAGUGCGAGAUGCCUGGAUACUGACUGAUACAUUACCUGAUCAAUCCAAACCCUUAUGAAAGUUUUGUUUUUCUCUUUGUCUUUCCACAGAAAUCUGCAAAGUACUAUCGAAGAUUGCAAAACUGAAAGACUGUGAAGCCUUAUCUGAGUGGAUAAAGCCAUGUGAAAGGCACCUCCAUUGGAGUGCCACCUCUACCUUCAAUGGCAGUGGGAGAGUUAUUUUGGCAAAGUUCAAGGGAUUCCUUAAUCAUGUCAUCAAUAACCAUUCUGGCUUCAGUGAUCCCCUGUUCAAUAAAUGCGCCCAUGGAAAUAUUGAACCACAAAAAUGGCUAAGAAGUGGUAUGUUCAUAGGUGAAGUCUUGUAAAAGUAAGGUUGUCGCUUUGCUGUUUUUCAUAUGAUAUGUUGGAGAGGGGGGUUUGCCCAAGUGUUUACUUUGAAGAUGAAACUUUUGAAAAUAACCAAUAUUCCCAAUACUCCGCAGAGCCAACCCUGCCUUACGUAAUAAUUAUGGAAAAUCCUAUGGUGUAAAUAGCACAAGGUAGUAAAAGAAUCGUCACAAAAAUGUACUACAGUACUCUAGUGGCAUGCUAGCCUUGUAAUUUGACACCAUGUCAGUUCCAUGUUAGUAGGUACCGAUUCUGAUCUCUCCAUUUCUUGAUUAAUAGGGACACUGGUGUACGAAACAUUAUGUGAGGCACUAAGCAAUAAGGCCCUGGUAAGGGGAAUUAAACAAGCCUCUCCUCAUGCCCAAACAAGCUGUUUGGAAUGUUUUCACUCGGUCCUCAACCACUUUGCGCCAAAGAUGAUUGUUUACUCCUAUGUUGGCAUGUACAAAUGGUUUAUGGUCUUUUUGUUCUUGUAUGAUGGUGAUAGCUCUUGCACAAUUUUAUAGUCUGGAAUUUGGUAUGCCUAUCACCAAAAGCUCUUUUUUACAAUCAAAACAAAGGUUUGCAAAUUCACAUUACUUUUGGUCAGAAAAAGGUUAAGGGUUCCCAGAAUUGCAUCCACAAGCCCCACCAGAAUUUUAAGGUGUAACCUAUCAUUCAUUUCAUCGUGGUUGUGGUUGUCUGUUCCCAUCUUGAUGUUGUAAAAUUGAUGUAUAUUGCAAUGUAACCUACGACUCAAAUAGGCAUUUACAUCCUAGGCACAUCUUGGCUGCAGUUCACUUCAACUUUAAUCUGCAUAGAGAGGUGAAAAGUCGAGAGAAAGAUGGGGUUUAG